AAGCAAAGUCAGCAAACAUGUUUCUUACGUUGAGCGUCGUGUUGGGUCUGGCAGCUGCCUCUUUGGCCGCUCCGUCACAGCCUUCCUACGGAUACUCUCCUCCUCCCACUUACCAUUCUCCAGCUCAGUACAACUUCGACUGGGUCGUGAAGGACGACUACUCCGCCAACGACUACGGCCACCAGGAGUCCCGCGACGGAUACAACACACAGGGAUCCUACUACGUGCAGCUUCCCGACGGUCGCCUGCAGAAGGUCACCUACCACGUGGACGGCGACUCAGGCUACGUGGCCGAGGUCAGCUACGAGGGACAUGCUCACUACCAAGCCCACCAACCUUCCUACCAUCCUACACCUGCAUACCAGCCUGCCCCUUCAUACCACACCACCCCUUCCUACCAUCCUACACCUUCGUACAGACCUACUCCAUCUUACAGACCGAGACCUCAUCUGUUUUUCAUGCUGCGAUCUCUGCGAAUUCCACUCGCGAGUGAAGAAUCCUUCCAUGCUGCACACAUAGCCACGGGGUAUGCUGGAUCUGUCUGCAUGGGUCAGUCAUGGGGAUUGGGACCGGUUGCAGUACACGGGCGGGUCAACUUUGGUGCAAGGGAGGAUACUUGGGAAUGUGCAGGCGUGGAGUUAGAUUUCUGUGUUGCAGCACACUCACAUAACACCGGCAACACAUGCCAAACGUUGAGCGUCGUGUUGGGUCUGGCAGCUGCCUCUUUGGCCGCUCCGUCACAGCCUUCCUACGGAUACUCUCCUCCUCCCACUUACCAUUCCCGCGACGGAUACAACACACAGGGAUCCUACUACGUGCAGCUUCCCGACGGUCGCCUGCAGAAGGUCACCUACUACGUGGACGGCGACUCAGGGUACGUGGCUGAGGUCAGCUACGAGGGACAUGCUCACUACCAAGCCCACCAACCUUCCUACCAUCCUACACCUGCAUACCAGCCUACCCCUUCAUACCACACCACCCCUUCCUACCAUCCUACACCUUCGUACAGACCUACUCCUUCUUACAGGCCAAGACCUCAUCACUGAAAAGCUAAUUCGUAAAACAGAAAAAGCAUAUUCAUAUUUACUAUUUUUGUAACUGCCUAUCAUAGAAUAAAUAUAUAUUGAUA